AUGGAAAAGUCUGACGGAGCUGUUUGUGGCGGGGAUAGUGGAGGAGGUAUUAUUGGGCAAUUUGAAGAUGCCAGUUUUGACGGUGGAAAACGCUGGUUCCUUCUCGGCAUCAUUUCAUUCGGUAUUCCCUGUAUAGCAACACAUUUAGAAUAUGUUGAUCCUAUUGCUCAGGUUAGUCUGAUUUUAAAAGACACAAAGCUUCGGGCUAUUUAA